GAGAGGUCAACAAACCCUGCAUUCUCUUUCUCUUGCAAUGUUCAACAUCACCACGAGGCAUGCAUUACAAAGGGGCACGUAAUUUAUUGUUAAAGGGGUGGACAAGGCGUACGAUGCUUAGGGAUGCUUGGACGAACGACGGUGGGAAAGGCUGGUGGCGAUGGUGGUCCAGGUUGGGCGGAUUGCUGGCGAUGGCGGCAGCCAUAUCCUGUCUCGUUGCCCCGUUUCCGGGCGCCUCGGCCAGUCAGGACGCGAAGCGUCUCUACGAUGACCUGCUGUCGAACUACAACCGCCUCAUCCGCCCUGUUGGCAACAACAGCGAUCGCCUCACUGUCAAAAUGGGACUACGCCUUUCCCAGCUCAUCGACGUCAACCUGAAGAACCAGAUCAUGACGACAAAUGUUUGGGUGGAACAAGAGUGGAACGAUUACAAGCUGAAGUGGAAUCCGGACGAUUAUGGCGGCGUCGACACCCUUCACGUACCAUCGGAACACAUAUGGUUACCUGACAUUGUUCUUUACAACAAUGCCGAUGGUAAUUAUGAGGUAACCAUCAUGACGAAGGCGAUUUUGCACCAUACGGGAAAGGUCGUGUGGAAGCCACCGGCAAUCUAUAAAUCAUUUUGUGAGAUCGACGUGGAAUACUUUCCCUUCGACCAGCAGACUUGUUUUAUGAAGUUUGGUUCGUGGACUUACGACGGUUACACGGUCGACCUGCGGCAUCUUCUACAGACCGAGGAUUCGAAUAAAAUCGAUGUCGGGAUCGACCUGACCGAUUAUUAUAUCUCCGUCGAGUGGGACAUCAUAAAAGUGCCUGCCGUGAGGAACGAGGCGUUCUACAUAUGCUGCGAGGAGCCCUACCCCGACAUCGUGUUCAACAUCACCCUGCGCCGCAAGACCCUCUUCUACACGGUGAAUCUGAUAAUACCGUGCGUGGGCAUAUCCUUCCUGUCGGUGUUGGUGUUCUACCUGCCGAGCGACAGCGGCGAGAAGGUCUCGCUGUCGAUCUCGAUAUUACUAUCGUUGACGGUGUUUUUCCUGCUGCUGGCCGAGAUAAUACCGCCCACGUCGUUGACGGUGCCGCUUCUGGGCAAGUACCUGCUCUUCACGAUGGUGCUGGUGACGCUGUCGGUGGUCGUCACGAUAGCCGUGCUGAACGUCAACUUUCGCUCGCCCGUGACCCACCGCAUGUCCAACUGGGUGCGGGUGGUGUUCAUCCAGGUGCUGCCGCGGUUUCUCCUCAUUCAGCGGCCGAAGAAGGAAGACGACGACGACGAGGACGAGGGUAGAAACGGCGCCGGUCGUGGCGCGGACGAUGACGCCGACGACGACGGCGCCGACGACGAGGACGACGACGAUGACGACGACGACGAGGACGAUGUCGAGGCGGCAAACGGCAAGCCGCCCGAGGGCAUCCUCACCGAUGUGUUCCAUGUACCAGAGACUGAUAAGUACGAUACGUACUACGGCAAGAGGUUCAGCGGAGAGUACGAGGUACCGCCGCACGGUCUGCCACCGCCGGCUACGAGGUACGACCUCGGCGCCGUCGGCACCGUCGCACCUUGCUUCGAGGAGCCCCUACCCUCGCUGCCACUGCCGGGGGCGGACGACGAUCUCUUCGGGCCGGCUAGCCCCGGAUAUGCUAACGAGGACGUCAGCCCCACCUUCGAGAAGCCGUUGGUACGCGAGAUCGAGAAGACUAUCGACGACGCUCGCUUCAUCGCUCAGCACGCCAAGAACAAGGACAAAUUCGAGAGCGUGGAGGAGGAUUGGAAGUACGUCGCGAUGGUGCUCGACCGGAUCUUCCUUUGGAUCUUCACGCUGGCCUGCGUUUUUGGCACGGCGUUGAUUAUCUUGCAAGCGCCGAGCCUCUACGAUACGACGAAGCCGAUCGACAUCAAAUAUAGUAAGAUUGCUAAGAAGAAGAUGAUGCUGAUGAACAUGGGCCCCGAGGAGGACUAGUCGACGAUCCCGCGCGGCCACGUGCCGCGUCCACAGUGUCGGCCGCCUAAUCGCCGACGACGGCGUCGUCCACGUCAUCACCGUCGCCGUCGUCGACGUCGCCGCCGCCGCUGCCGCCGUCGUUGUCGUCGUCGUCGUCGUCGUCGUUGCCGUCGUUCCCCGCGGCCGCCCAUAAUCGAAACUGCCGAUUUUCGCGUCGACGUGGAAGAGGACCCUCUCUCGAACUCACGCUGGUGCCAAAGAUACGUGGUCCCGGACGGAUGACACCAAGAAGAUGGACACGCAAGUGAGAGGAUCAAGCACUGCGACGAGCGGAUCACGAACGAAUGAAAUUUCGCCGGGUAAAUCCGUGAAAUGGGAUACUGUACCCUCUUCGAAGAGGGUAGAUCGGUUGAACUUUGGUCCGAUCACCCUUCGGGAUGGAGAUAAGAUAAGGGCGUGCGACCGCAUGGUACACGAGAGUAAAGGAGCUUUCGUGACAGAGUGAGAUAAAGUGAGAUAGAGCGCGCAUGUGGAUGCGUGUGUGUAUGCGUAUGUAUGUGUGUGUUGGAGAGGAAAACGGAGGAAGUAAGGGAAGACAGAACGUCAAAAGGAAGGAUAGAGAGAGAAUGGGUGCGAAAGUGGGUGCGAAAGAGAGAGAGAGAGAGAGAGAGAGAGAGAGAGAGAGAGAGAGAGAGAAAGAGAGACAGAACAAGCGAGAGUUUGGACGAAAGGAAGAGAGAGAAAGAGAGAGAGAGAGAGAGGUGAAAAAGUGCCAAAUACGCGAAAAACACGCGCACCGUAUUUUUGUAAAUCUGGUUUCAUACGUAAGGCUAGAGUCGUGCGGCGAGACGUCGAACUGCCCGAACUGCCGAUUUUAUAUAAGAAGACGUUUACAGCGCGCGAGGAGAUGCGUGGUACACCGAGGUACCGAUUUCACACGCAUUUACAUCUAUACUUACAUAUAUAUAUAUAAUACAUUACACACGCGCGUUUGGCGUACAUACAUAUAUACACACAUACAUAUACCAUAUACCAUACAUAUACCGGUAUCAACGUCACUCACGCGAUAUACUUAUAUAUAAACGUAUGGACACGCGCGUGCAUCUUUCGACGCAUUUCGUGGUGUACACGCGCGGAAACAUUUUCACGCACGCGUUCGCGUUGACAUAGCGAAGGAGAAUCUCUAUGCGCUUUAAAGAAAGUUUUUUCGGAGAAAUUCUCAUCCCUCUCGCAGGAUUUUACAGAUUUUUCUGCAAACUUUCUUAUUUAUAUAUCCUGCAAAUUUAAUACCUUUCAUAUUUCAACGUGUCUCAAAUAUUUCCAAAAUUACGUACUUUUGCUACAAAAUAUCCGGAAAUUUAAUCACGCGGAUCUAUGGUCGGUCGAUGAGAUGACAGUCUGGAACAUUGCAUCUCGAUCGAUCUGUCGAUCCAUUUUUCCAUGGUAUCAUCGGCGUUCUUCUCUCGAAUAAUGAUCGCCACUUGAUACGGAUAUCGAUAUGCCGUUAUCGACGCGAUUCGAGUAAUUUACACGGGCGGUCAAUUAUCGAAGCAAAUUAUCCAAUUGAUCGAUUAUUCCGACGUAUCGAGUGGCCCGGACAGCAUUCAAGCAGCUAACGAGAACGGCACGACUACCGGGAAUAAUUGAUUGGCAAAAUAAUUUUCGCGAAGCAUAUCCGCUCGUCGGCUUGUCCCAUAAUUAAUGUCAUUGAUUAAUGACGAUCUCUGGAACGGGUCGUCGCUCGCGUUUGGGCGCUCGUCCCCCUUCGCCGUAAAACGCGCGCACGUCCGAAGAUCAGGGGACGAGAGGGGCCGAAAGUCACGAGAGAUGAGCAAACAUAAAUUGAGCCACAACCAUGCGAACAACUGCCAAUUUUUAAACGCGGUCGGUCCCCGUUUGAACUACUUGGUCGGCUUGUGUAACAAGAGACGAUAUAAGUGCGGCGUCGGUGGGAUAAUACGACGAUCGAAUAGAUCAGAUGAAUAGGUCGGAUAAAAGCGAUAGGGUUCGCCAGCGUGCCAAAAAGCGGUUUCGGCCACGAGCCAGCUCGCCCACGUGUCGGCACGAAUUCGAUCGAAGAAUCAUUGUUGCCUUUUCUCCCGGUCCUCCGUUAUUCUCGAGAACAGAGCUCGCCCCAACGAAAGUCUUGCGAGCGUCUCACGAUUAAAAAAAAAUAAAAUCGAGAACCGAUCGUGUCGACGACGAUUUAUAUAAUUGUUGAACAAAUAAUCAUGUCGUGCAUAAAUAAUCGCAAUGAUCGUUUCUAGUCUGUUGAUAUGUUAAUAAUGGAUUGUAUGGCUCGAUAUUAAUAUCAAUAUUUCUUUUGAAGGUGGAAGAUUCUCGUAUACAUUUUUGAUAAAAGCCAUUUUAUUUCGAUCGAGUAAUUCACACGAUAAUUAAUUUUUAUUGCAUUAAUAUAAAACAACUUAAUUAAGCGCGAGAUAUGCGAUUAAUUAUUAUUUACGACGUUGAAAAAGCAACAGGCUCUCGAAAAGAUAUGAAUUAAC